UCUACCAGGGCAAGGAGCAGAAGGCGAGCUUGAGUGUCCGGUUACCAGUACGUUGACAGAGUUCGAAGCGGUGGUUGGUUCCAGCAAGUGAGUGCAGAAGUACGGUCGAGCAGCAGCAGUGUUGACCGACUUGAGUUGAGUGCAGCAGCGAGCAGAACCAACGACAAAGUUUCCUCUUCAAAGCAUCAUCCAUUAUCCUCGGUCUUUGAGUCUUUGAUCUACAUUAGCAUCUUCGGCGACAACCGUCCGAGACAUAGAGCAACCCACUGACAAGAACCUCCAACCUAGCACAAGAACCGUGAGUGUAGAGCCACAUCGCUCUGCAUUGGAUUGGUUGAUUGGGUCAUCAACAGAACCCGAAGACCAAACCUCACGGAGCGUGUGAGACAGCUCUGCAACGACGGUCGACCGAUCCCAUGGACCCCUGACAAGGGCCCGGGGAGGAGCUGACUUGAGGGCUUCCUCGGACGGCACGAGCGCAUCAGCCUUCGACUCGCCCGCAUCUACGAGUCCAAUAGGGUGACCUCCGCGGAAGAUGAACGUCUGCACAAGUUCUACGACUUCUGGGGCUAGUUCCUCGACGAGCACCAACCGGCGGCCGACCAUGUCUGGAACACGGACGAGUCAGGUGACACCGUUCAAGGUACGCAGGGACAGCGGGUUGUGGCGGAACGGCGGCAGCCGGUGGUCGCCCAGAUGCGCUCCACCUCGCGAGAGAUCUGCACGAUCAUCACCAUUAUCAACGCCGCCGGCGCCGUGUUGGCCCCUACCAUCAUCUCAAAGGGCAACGCUUCAACGGAGAUUGGGUCGCGGAUCUCAACGACCCGCCGGGUGCGUUCUACGACUGCACGGAGUCGUCCUUCAUGUGUGGUGAGGUGUUCAUCAAGUACAUCAAGAACUUCCACAAGCAGCUCGGCGACCGCAACUUGCUCGGGGGAAAACCCCAUGUGCUCGUGCUGGAUGGGCACACGUCGCACGUGAGCUUAAACGUCAUAAAGUUGCCCAUCUCCCUCAACAUCCACCGCGUCCAGCUGCCCUCCCACAUGUCCCACAUCACCCAGCCCUUGGACGUCGCUGGCUUCGGGUGCUUCAAGAAGGAGCUGGCGAAGGUGAUCCAGGCCUUCCCGGCGAGGAACGGAGGGGCACUACCGCGGAAGCGGGACAUGGCCGGCAUGAUCGGGCUGGCGUGGGGCCCGAGCUUUACGCCGGAAAUCAACCAAGCUUCCGUCGCCGGGGCGGGCCUGUGGCCGGUGGACAGGAAGCGGGCACUCAGCCGGCUGCUGCGCCCGAAGAGGAAGGUGACGGAAACCGACCGCCCUUCCCUGGAGGACGUCCCCAUCGCCGUGACCAACGAACGUCUGGAGGAGUUGAUCGGCGACCGCGGCGUCCGCGCGCUCAGCGCAAAAGGCCACACCAUCACGGGACUUCGCGUGAGCACGGUGGUCCUCGGCAACUUCCUGCCCAACAAAAAUAAACGUCCCAAGGGCCCGCCCAAGUGGGCGAACUUGGGCCGUCCAGAGGGAAACCUCCUCUCUGCGCCGGAGUGGGUGGCGGAGCAGGAGAAG